AAGUACCUUCGUUCUUCUACAAAAUUUAAAGCAUUACAGCAUUGAAGUUCAAAGUGCUUGUAAACAUGACUAAGAUAACGAACUGCUUUAUGCUAGUCAUGUUCUGCUGCUUUUUGUGCUCGUUUAUAGCAACAUCCAAUGCAGGAGAUAUUCUUCGUGCAAAUCAGCCAAUAAAAAAUGAUGAAACCAUUGUUUCAGCUGGUGAUGAGUUUGAACUUGGUUUCUUUAGUCCAGGCAGUUCAAAGAAUCGAUACUUGAGCAUACGAUACAAGAAGGCAGGUGAGGCAAUCGUGUGGGUUGCCAAUCGAGAGGCUCCCCUUACUGACGCAUCAGGGACGCUGGUUUUGAGUAGCGAGGGCACUCUCAAUAUUUUAAAUGGCACAAACAGCACAAUUUGGUCAUCAAACUCGUCAAAAUCAAAAUCUAUAAAGAAUCCUGUGGCACAGUUACUAAAGACAGGAAAUCUUGUUAUCAGGGCAGGUGAUGACCCUGAUACAGGUAAUUUUCUUUGGCAAAGUUUUGACUUUCCUGACAAUACUCUCCUACCAGGCAUGAAGCUAGGAAAAAAGAUAGCAAAGAACUCAUCAGCUGGCCGAGAUUGGUCCUGCAGGUCAUGGAAAAGCAGUGAUGAUCCUUCUCCAGGAACCUUCCAGGUUGAGAUUGAUAUCAGUGGUUACCCCCAACUAUUUCUGUUGAAUGGUUCUACCAAAUAUUUCCGAAGUGGUCCCUGGAAUGGUGUCAGAUUUAGUGGUAUUCGUACUUCGGGUCCAAAUGGCAUAUUUGUGUUUGAUUUUGUCUUCAACGAGGAUGAGAUAUAUUAUAAAGAUGAACUUGUUAGUAGUUCAGUGCUGACAAGGGUAACUGUAGAGCCUGACGGGCGAGUAAUACGUUAUACAUGGACUGAUCAAAGUAAUAAGUGGGAGCAGUAUAUAUUUCUCCAGGCAGAUCUCUGUGAUGUUUAUGCACACUGUGGGCCAUUUGGUAGCUGUAAUAUAUAUACCACCUCUCGCUGCGAGUGUUUAAAGGGAUUUCAUCCCAAAAAUCUUACUGCUUGGAGUCAUUUAAAUUUUGCAGAGGGGUGUGAACCAAAGACAAAAUUAAACUGUAGUAGCAAGGAUACUUUUGUGAAACAACUAAAGAAGAACUUACCAGAUACACACACCUCGCAGUAUAAUUUCAGCCUGGACCUCAAGGCUUGCGAGAAGAAGUGCCUUGAAGACUGCUCUUGUACAGCAUAUGCAAAUACAAAUAUUACUGGAAAAGGUAGUGGAUGUUUGCUUUGGUUCGGUGACCUAAUUGAUAUCAGAGAUCAAGGAGAGGUUGCUCAAGAUUUUUAUGUACGAUUUGCUGCAUCUGGAUCAGGUGCAAAUAAUACUUCCAGAGCAAGGCGAAUUGCACUAAUUGUAUUUUUAUCCAUAAUAUUAAUUACAACAGUUGUACUUGGCUUCUACAUGUGGCAUGUAUGCAAGCACAGAAAGCAAAUUACAGAAGGAGAAAUGCUUGAAAAUGAAGUGGAUUAUGAGAAGGAAGAUUUACCGUUCUUUGACUUCAGAACUAUUUCUAACGCCACCAACAACUUCUCUAACAAUUGUAAACUCGGGGAAGGUGGCUUUGGACCUGUCUACAAGGGUACUCUGGAAGACGGGAAAGAAAUAGCAGUAAAGAAGCGCUCAGCAUGUUCAAUGCAAGGAGUAGAAGAGUUCAGAAAUGAAGUAUCUUGCAUUGCCAAGCUUCAACACCGGAAUCUGGUUCGGCUGCUUGGUUGGUCCACCACUGAGGAAGGAGAAAGGAUGUUAGUCUAUGAAUAUAUGCCCAACAAAAGCUUAGAUUACUUUAUAUUUGGAGAUAAUGCAAAUAAAGCAUUACUAGAUUGGCCUCAGCGUUACAACAUAAUAAACGGCAUUGCCAAGGGACUACUUUACCUUCACGAAGACUCCAGACUAAGAGUUAUUCAUCGAGAUCUUAAAGCUAGCAACAUCCUUCUUGACUACAAUAUGAAUCCCAAAAUCUCAGAUUUUGGUAUGGCUAGAAGUUUUGGAGAUGGUGAAACUGAAUCAAACACAGCAAGGGUGGUCGGAACAUACGGCUACAUGUCCCCUGAGUAUGCCAUGGAUGGAGCAUUUUCAAUUAAAUCCGAUGUCUAUAGCUUUGGUGUACUGGUGAUAGAGAUUGUUAGUGGGAAGAAAAACAGAUUCUUCACUCAUCCGGACCACAACCUUAAUCUUAUGGGCCAUGCAUGGAAGAGUUAUAAAGAAAACAGGCUUUCAGAACUCAUUGAUGUAUCAGUCCUGUCAAGUGACCAAGAUGAAGUGUUUCGAGUUAUUCUAAUAGGAUUACUAUGCGUUCAACAAUAUCCAGAGGACAGACCGAACAUGUCAUCAGUACUAAUGAUGUUGACAAGUAAGGCCACGCUGCCUCAUCCGAAACAGCCUGGUUUCUUCAAUGAAAGAAAACUUGACGAAGCAGAUACUUCCCAUAGCACGCUUUGUUUGUCUUCAUUGAACCAAACCAUUACAAUUGUUGCACCUCGCUUCUGCGUGGGAGGUCAGAAGUACUUCCAUUCUUUUAUGAAGGUAAGCAUUAUAGCAUUGAAGUUGAAAGUGCUUGUAAACAUGGCUAUGAUGAAGAAAUGCUUUAUGCUAGUCUUGUUCUGCUGCUUUUUGUGCUCGUUUAUAGUCACAUCCAGUGCAGGAGACACUCUUCGUGCAAACCAGACAAUAGAAAAUAAUGAAACCAUUGUUUCAGCUGGUGAUGAGUUUGAACUUGGUUUCUUUAGUCCGGGCAGUUCAAAGAAUCGGUACUUGAGCAUACGAUACAAGAAGGCAGGUCAGGCAAUCGUGUGGGUUGCCAAUCGAGAUGCUCCCCUUACUGACGUAUCAGGGACUCUAGUUUUAAGUAGUGAGGGCACUCUUAAAAUUUCCAAAGGCACAAACAGCACAAUUUGGUCAUCAAACUCGUCAUAUUCUAUAAAGAAUCCUGUGGCACAGUUAUUAAAGACAGGAAAUCUUGUAAUCAGGGCAGGUGAUGACCCUGAUGCAGGUAAUUAUCUUUGGCAAAGUUUUGACUUUCCUGACAAUACUCUCCUACCAGGCAUGAAGCUAGGAAAAAAGAUAGCAAAGAACUCAUCAACUGCCCGAGAUUGGUCCUGCAGGUCAUGGAAAAGCAGUGAUGACCCUUCUCCAGGCAAUUUCCAGGUUGAUCUUGAUAUCAGUGGUUAUCCACAAAUAUUUCUAUUGAAUGGUUCUGUCAGAUAUUUCCGAACUGGUCCCUGGAAUGGUGUUAGACUCAGCGGUGUUCCUACUUCGGGUCCAAAUGACGUAUUUGUGAGUCAGUUUGUCUUGAAUGAGCAUGAGAUAUAUUAUAAGUAUGAACUUGUCAGUAGCUCGAUGCUUACGAGGGCAAUUAUAGAGCCUGAUGGACGAGUAAUACGUUAUACAUGGACUGAUCAAAGUAAUGUGUGGGAGCAGUACAUAUUUCUCCAGGCUGAUUACUGUGAUGUUUAUGCACACUGUGGAGCAUAUGGUAGCUGUAACAUUGAUAAGCCCUCUCGUUGUGAGUGUUUAGAAGGAUAUCAACCCAAAAAUCUUACCUCUUGGAGUCGUUUAAAUUUUACAGAGGGGUGUGUCCCAGUGACAAAAUUUAAUUGCAGUACUAGGGAUAAUUUUGUGAAGCAACUAAACAAGAAAUUGCCAGAUACACGCACCUCGCAGUAUAAUUUUAGCCUGGACCUUAAGGCUUGCCAGAAGAAGUGCCGUGAGGACUGCUCUUGUACAGCAUAUGCAAAUACAGAUAUUUCUGGAAAAGGUAGUGGAUGCUUGCUUUGGUUCGGUGACCUAAUUGAUAUCAGAGAUCAAGGACAGAGUGCGCAAGAUUUUUAUGUACGAUUUGCUGCAUCUGGAUCAGGUACAAAUAGUCGUUCCAGAGCAAGGCGAAUUGCACUAAUGGUACUCUUGCCCAUAAUAUCAAUUUUAGUUGUAGUACUUGGCUGCUUAUGCAAGUACAGAAAGCAAAAUGCAGAAGGAGAAAUGCUUGAAAAUGAAGUAGAUCACGAGAAGGAAGAUUUACCAUUCUUCGACUUCAGAACUAUUGCUAAUGCCACCAACAACUUCUCUAACAAUUGUAAAAUUGGGGAAGGUGGAUUUGGACCUGUCUACAAGGGUACUCUGGAAGACGGGAAGGAAAUAGCUGUAAAGAGGCGUUCAACCUGUUCCACGCAAGGAGUAGAAGAGUUCAGAAAUGAAGUUUCUUGCAUUGCCAAGCUUCAACACCGCAAUCUGGUCCGGCUGCUUGGUUGGUCCACCACUGAGGAAGGAGAAAGGAUGUUAGUCUAUGAAUAUAUGCCCAACAAAAGCUUAGAUUACUUUAUAUUUGGAGAUAAUGCAAAUAAAGCUUCACUAGAUUGGCCUAAGCGUUACAACAUAAUAAACGGCAUUGCCAAGGGACUACUUUACCUUCACGAAGACUCCAGACUAAGAGUUAUUCAUCGAGAUCUUAAAGCUAGCAACAUCCUUCUUGACUAUAAUCUGAAUCCCAAAAUCUCAGAUUUUGGUAUGGCUAGAAGUUUUGGAGAUGGCGAAACUGAAUCAAACACGGCAAGGGUGGUCGGAACAUAUGGAUACAUGUCCCCUGAGUACGCCAUUGAGGGAGCAUUUUCAAUUAAAUCCGAUGUCUACGGCUUUGGUGUAUUGAUGAUUGAGAUCGUGACUGGGAAGAAAAACAGAUUCUUCACUCAUCCGGACCACAACCUUAACCUUCUGGGCCAUACAUGGAAGAGUUAUAACGAAGACAGGCUAUCAGAACUCAUCGAUGCAUCAAUCCUAGAGUCAAGUGACCAAGAUGAAGUGUUUCGAGUUAUCGCAAUAGGAUUACUAUGCGUUCAACAAUAUCCAGAGGACAGACCGACCAUGUCAUCAGUAAUGAAGAUGUUGACAAGUAACAUUACUCUGCCUCGUCCGAAACAACCUGGUUUUUUCACUGAAAGGAAACUUGAAGAAGCAGAUACUUCCCAUAGCAUGCUUUGUUUGUCUUCAUCGAACCAUAGCAUUACAACUUUAGCACCUCGCUAGUAUUCUUUUUCAUGGAGUUGCAACUUAUUCAUUGCAUCGUUAGUUUCUCGUGUAUAAUUUUGACAAUAUUUUGUGUGAAAACUCAAAAUUUAGUAACUUUUGUUAA